AUGGAGCAAUUCGUUACAACCUUUAGCGCCACAGGCCGUCAGCCAAAGGAGACAUGUAAGCAGUGCAGGUUCAGAAAGGUCCGCUGCGACGGACAAAAGGGAGACAAAGGCUGCGGCGACUGCGACAGGCUCAAGUUCGCCUGCUCAUUCGUCGGACCUGUUCCUCCACCAACACCGACGUCGACGACAGAAGGCGAGCCAUCCGACCAUCCCAGUCCGACAUCAGACAGACCGGUGGAGCGGCGGAGGACGAGCAAGGCGUGCAUCGCCUGUAGGCAGCACAAAGUCCGCUGUUCCUCGGGCACACCGUGCCUGGCCUGCAAGAAGCGAGGCGUCACUUGCGUCUAUGGAACAGAUGGUCGGCGGAAAAGCAGCCGUGCCAUCACGGAUUCGGUCAGCAAAGCCUUGACGCCUACAGAGUCGGUAUUCCCACCCGUGGCCAAGAGCACGGCCAGCACUGAAGACACAUCGAACGCAUCUCCCACACCAACCACCCCGGAGAUCACGAGUCUCCAGCCGGUAGCAGUAUCCACGUCCCCUCCUCAAGUGCCAGCACUGCUUCCCCCCAACAUCCAGGUGCUGGUGGAAUUCUACUUUAAUCAUGUCUAUCCUCUGUCCUCGUACGCCUUCCUCCACCCCGAAACCACCAUCCAUCAUUCCAUCAAUGGCCAGCUGGAAACCAGCCUGUCAUAUGCUAUUGUGGCAAUCGCCAGCUAUCACCAUGGUUCUUCACAGCGCAAGGAACAGGCCGAGCUGUCGUGGGUUCAGGCAGCGGAGGACCUCAUCUGGAAGAAUCUCGAGUCACCGUCCGUGUCACGCCUUCAAGCGUUACUGCUAGUCACCCUCUACAGGGUAGAGACAGGGGCCUUCCAACGAGCCUUCAUGCUCUCCGCCCUGGCAGCCCGAGCAGCCGCCGCAAUGCGGCUCAACCACGAGCGCGACGAGUCGACUGGCAACAAGAUCUCGCGGGAAGUCAGGCGGCGCGUCAUGUGGACCCUGAAGCUGGUCGAGCGGUAUUUCUCCACGGGACUGCCGGAAUUCGAGCUCUGCCCGGUCGAGAGCAUCUACCUCGAGCUGCCCUGCUGGGAACAGGAGUUCAGCGAUACGCGGACCGACGGAAGCACGGAGCGUACCCCCCAGUCCUGCGACUUCGGCUCAUACCACCUCUCCGUGAGGCUGGAGAUGCUCCGCCGCGACCUCAUGAAGCUCAACCGGUCCCUCUCCCUGUGCGAUACGACCUUCCCACAGCUGUCGACGGUAAUGCACGAAUUCGAGCAACACCUCGCACGGAUCGAGGCCGAGCUCCCGGGAGGCCCAACCCUGACCGCCGAACGGAUCUCGUCCCUCCUCGACAGCCCCUGGCUACCUCGCCAGAUUCUCGUGCACCUCUCCUUCCACCACUCCCAGUGCGACUUAUACCGCCUCCUCGUGCGAGGGUACCGGGAGGCUGCUCCCGCCGUGGUCCUGGACGCCGUCGACGGGGACCUCCUGGCGAGGGCGGAGCAGCUCUGCCUGCAGCACGCCACGGCCAUUGUUGACAUCCUCGCCAUCCUGAACCAGGUCAGCCACAGGGCACAGCUGCUCGAGUUCGACACCGCCAUCUGCGGAUACCACGCCACGCGGCUGCUCCUCUUCAUCGCGCAGUCGUCGCGGUCGCCAAGCAGGCCGUCGGAGGAGUGGGCCCUCAGCAGGGCGGAGCUGUGUCUCGCCGCGCUGCGGCGUUUCUUCCCGUCCAGCAGGCUUGCCCGCCCCGUGCUGGAGGAGAUGAAGAGGGCCAUAUCGGUCUACCCGAGCAGCAGGGCAGGCGCGGGCACAGCGGCGUCUUCUUCCCCGCCAACCAGACUUGCGAGUCCUGGCCCAACCGCAUCUAGUAUGACAAACAGCAGCGCCAGGAACUCGGCGGCAGGUCUCAGCGCCGCCGCGCGGGUGCGGCAGAGAUUAGCGAUCCACAGCCUUCUCCGGCAGGCCGACUUCCCCGACGGCGAUGAUCAGCCCCCGUCACCUGAGGGGGCGCGGCAUGGCAGCUUGAGCACUGCCGCCGCCACCAAGGUGCCGAGCCCGCGGCUCCCAGGGAUCGCGACGCUAGAUAUCAUGCCGACGGUGCCGUCGUCAACGGGUUACAUACUGCCACCGAGGCGGACGCUGUCGCCGCCUUAUGACAGAGGCCUGGGUAGUGAGCCAUGGCAGUCUGGCUGGCUUGAUGGUGGCUUUGCGGCUGAUGGUUGGGAGUCGCCCAGGCUACAGCAGGCCGCGGGUGGCGGCGGCGGACCUCCGAGCUUCUCGUUUCCGUGGCUUCAGAGGUGGGAAGGGGCGAAUGCUGUUGCUGGGGAGAUGAUGGCUAAGGACACGUCAGAGCAGGUGCCGAGCGAUUCGGUCAACAUCCUGAAAUCUCACACCAUCUCGGCCACGACCCAAAGGGGGAACGCCGCCGAGCCGAUAACACCCCUUACUCUAUCCCACGGAAAUGAUCCAAACAGCCUUGGCGCAAUGCUAGGCUGCAAGCACACCACCGAGCCACGAGGUAACGAACAACAUUGCGCUGGCAUCUGA